UGUGUGUUAUAUAGUUCAAAAUAAGGUUAUUUUUGAAGAAUUAAUAUAAUUCUCAUAAUUGAUUAUGGAUUUUAAUGUAACUAAUUCCAUAAAAACAUCAUCAGAUGGAGUAUGGCAAGGAGAAAAUACUUUACACUAUGCUUUUCCAUUAUUAAUUAUUCAAACAACAUUAGUUGUGUUCCUUAGUCGAUUGCUUGCUCUCCUUCUCAAGCCCCUCCGCCAACCUAAAGUCGUCGCGGAGAUUCUUGCAGGGAUUAUGCUUGGGCCAUCAGCAUUUGGGAGGAACAAAACAUUCACAAAUUGGAUUUUUCCAUCAUGGAGUACUCCAAUUCUUGAAUGUGUAUCAAACAUAGGCCUAUUAUUUUUCUUAUUUCUUGUUGGUCUUGAAUUGGACUUAAACACCAUACAUAAAAGUGGAAAAAAAGCUAUUGGAAUAGCAUUUGCUGGAAUUUCAUUGCCCUUUCUAUUUAGCAUUGGAGUUGCUUUUGUUCUAAGAAAAAUAAUCAAAGGGAUUGAUAGUGUUGGAUAUGGAGAAUUUUUCUUGUUCAUUGGUGUUUCACUUUCAAUCACUGCCUUUCCUGUUCUUGCUCGAAUCCUCGCGGAAUUAAGGUUACUGACUACACAAAUUGGUGAAAUGGCUAUGGCAGCAGCUGCAUUCAAUGAUGUUGCUGCAUGGAUUUUACUUGCUCUUGCCAUUGCUCUAGCAGGAGGAGGAGGAGUUCAUCAUAGUCCUUUAAUUUCACUAUGGGUUUUUCUAAGUGGAAUUGGAUUUGUGGUUUUUAUGUUCCUAAUUAUUAGGCCAAUUAUGAUUUUGGUGGCAAAAAAAUCAUCAAAUGGGAACAACAAUAUUGUUGAAGAAACUUACAUAUGUUUAACCCUAGUUGGAGUUAUGUUGUUUGGUUUUAUGACUGAUUUUAUUGGUAUACAUGCAAUAUUUGGAGGAUUUAUAUUUGGAUUAAUUAUUCCAAAAAAUGGGGAUUUUUCAGAAAAAUUGAUUUUGAGAAUUGAAGAUUUUGUGUCUGGAUUAUUAUUACCACUUUAUUUUGCAUCAAGUGGUAUUAAGACAAAUAUUUCACAAAUUCAUAGUGUUAGGGCUUGGGGACUUGUGGUUCUUGUUGUGUCCACAACUUGUGUAGGCAAAGUUUUGGGGACUUUUGUUGUGGGAAUAAUGUUGUGUUCAAUGCCAAUGAGAGAAGCUUUAGCACUUGGAUUUUUGAUGAAUACAAAAGGGUUGGUGGAGCUAAUUGUUCUAAAUAUUGGCAAGGAGAAAAAGGUUUUGGACGAUGAGACGUUUGCAAUAUUGGUGAUCAUGGCACUUUUUACAACCUUUAUCACAACUCCUAUAGUAAUGGCUAUUCAUAAACCAUCAUCAACACAAGAUCCUCAACUCGAAAAACCACAAAAAAAGAUAAAAAAACAAAACAAUCUUCGAAUCCUAGCGUGCUUACGUGGCCCGAGGGAUGCACGUGCACUCAUUAACCUCAUCGAGUCACUAAGGUCUGACAAAAAUAACAAUAACUACGCCUCAGUCACAAAACUCUACGUGAUGAGACUCGUGGAAUUCACCGACCGACUCUCAUCCAUAUCAAUGGUCCAACGUGCCCGAAAGAACGGUUUUCCGUUCAUCGGCCGAGUGCUUUUUCGAGAUGACGCGACCGAUCAAGUGGGUGCGGCGUUCGAGGCGUAUAGCACACUAGGAAAGGUCAUGGUCCGACCCACAAUGGCUAUCUCGGGUUUAUCGGAUUUGCAUGAGGAUAUUAUUCAUGUUGCGGAGAAAAAACGAGUCGAAUUGAUUAUUUUGUCGUUUGAUAAAUAUUGGCAAAUGGAAGGAAAUGAAGAAAUGGAGAUUCAUGCAGGGCACGGAUGGAGAAUGGCGAAUGAGAGAGUGAUGAGUCAAGCGCGGUGCUCGGUGGCGGUGGUGGUUGAUCGUGGAUUACAAUUGGUUAAUAAUGGGAUGAGAAUUUGCAUUGUGUUUUUUGGUGGAGCUGAUUGUAGUAAAGCUUUGGAAAUUGGUAGUAGAAUGGUUGAACAUCCUGCUAUUAGGGUUACAUUAGUAAGAUUCAUUCAUCAUGGAAGUACUAAUUUUGAUGAAGUUGAAAGGACUUUGGAUGAUUCUACUAUUGCAGAAUUCAAGAUGAAGUGGGGUAAACAAAUUGUAUAUAGUGAGAAAGAAGCAAAUAAUUUGAUGAAUGAAGUGUUGGAAAUUGGAAAAAGUGGAGAAUUUGAACUUAUGAUAAUAGGGAAUAAUAAAAGUAAGUUUCCACAAGGCAUAAUGGCAAAACUAUUUGAUGAGCAACAAUUGAAUAUUUCAGAAUUUGGGCCAUUGGCUAAUUUAUUGGCUUCAUCAGACAAAGGGAUAAAAAGUUCUGUUCUAGUGAUUCAACAACAACAACAAGAAGCUAAGUUUGGGAACUCAAAAGUGGCUAGUUGCUUUAUUGACAAGGAUAUUGUGUGA